AUGGUUAAUACACCAGUUCAAGUUUGCGUCCGAACAAGACCUACUGCGUUUUUUGCGCAAGAUGUCAUUGUUCUUGAUGAAUCCAAAAAGACCAUUGACAUUAAAAAUAAGGGACGAAUUAAUGCAAAACAAAAUUCAGUCAAUUAUUUAGAAACUAAGAGAGAAGAUUAUUCUUUUAAGUUUGACAAGACGUUGCAUAACGUUUCCCAAGACUCUGUUUUUAAUGAAUGUGCCGCUGACAUUACGCAAGCAUUCCUUGAGGGCUAUAAUGGCACUGUCAUGGCUUAUGGUCAAACCGGUUCAGGAAAAACAUAUACAAUGAUUGGAGCACCCAAUAAUUACAAAAAUAGAGGGCUUAUUCCCCGAGUAAUUCAACAAGUUUUUGCCGACAUGUCAAACUAUCCCGAAAAAUCAUUUACUCUUCGAGUUUCCUACAUGGAAAUUUAUAAUGAGCAAUUGUUUGACUUGUUAUCCGACAUUAGUGACGCUCAGCUUGAGAAGGCAAACUCAGAUAACUAUGAGGACAACAUGGUCAUUAUGGAAGAUAAUAAGGGCAAUAUUAUGGUGAGAGGCCUCAAAUGUCACAUUGUCAAUAGUGAGGAAGAGGCUCUUAGUAUGCUGUUCGAAGGAGAAACAAACAGAGCCAUUUGUGAACACCAGUUAAAUAAGGCUUCCACCAGAUCCCAUUGUAUUUUUACAUUGUAUUUAGAGGCAAGAAGCCGAGUCGAGUCAGAAGGUCAAGUGGUUCUCUCCAAGUUGAAUUUGGUUGACUUGGCAGGAAGUGAAAGAGUGAGCAAAACACACUCCAGCGGUUUGGUGUUGACAGAGGCCAAGUACAUUAACAAGUCACUCUCGUUUCUUGAACAAGUUGUGAUUGCUCUUGGAAAUCCUUCUAGAGAGCACAUCCCAUACAGACAAUCAAAAUUGACCUAUUUCCUUAAAGAUUCUUUGGGAGGCAACUGUAAAACUCUCAUGAUUGCAAACAUUUGGGGAGAGGAGCAACAUCUUGAAGAAACCGUUAGUACUCUCAAAUUUGCUACAAGAAUGAUGAGAGUAUCGAAUGAGGCAACCAUUAACGUUCACAUGAACCCUGAUGCGCUCAUUAAAAAGUAUGAAAAAGAAAUUAAGGAAUUGAAGCAAGAGUUAUCAAUGCAUGAUCAAUUGAGAGGAAUCAACCAAGCAAACUAUGAUCCUUACACAGAAGAGCAAAAAAUUGAACUUCGACGAGAAAUUAGAAGCUAUGUCAAUGGAGAAAUUGAUGAACUAGAAAUUAAAAACAUUAGAAGAAUUAAGGAGAUUUUUAGUCAAUUCAAGCUGAUGUUGAAGGAGGCGGCUUCCUUGUCCGAACAAGAAUCAAUUACUAACGCAUCAACAGCGAGAGAGAAACAGCAAACAGCUCCACCUUCCAACUUUGCAGGAAAGAUCCAUGAGGAAAAGAUUUAUGAUGAAAACGGUGUUGGUGAAGUGGAGAAUAAGGCUGGUUUUGGAGUUGGUGAAGCAAAACCAAAUGCUGAAUUCCAAAAAAGAACCAAGAGAUCCGCUGUCCCUGUUUCGGCAAGAGACAACGAGAAGUCCAUGAAUGUUUCGAUGAGCCAGAACUCGCUGUUGGAAACUGAUAGACCUAAAAAGAUCAAAAUGUCACGUAAUGAUGCUUUUGAAGAAUACAAGCGUACCGAGGGUAAAGCAUUGCAUGAAAAUAUUAAGGAAAAUAGUCAAACUCUUAAGGACAAAAAAUCAUUAUUUAGAAUUAUUACUCAAAGGUUGAACGAUACCAAGGCAGAAAUUGAUGAUUUCAAAUCUAAAAUCGAAAAGAAGCAAAUUGAGAAUGCUCAUAUGGGAGACGAUAUUGUGGACGAGGAAGAACUUCGUUGGUUCCAAGUGAUAAAGGAAAAGAAAGAAGUUUACAAACAAGUGUUUGAGGAACGAAAGAUGCUUAAAUCUGAAAUGGACUACAUUGAAAAAGCACUUGAGAAUUUACGACAAACUCUUAUUGCUAAUUUCCAAACUUUCUAUGACGACAAUUAUCAAGACCCUGCCGAAGAGCAAAAACCUCCCUUGUCUUCUCGCAGCUCUCGAAAAGAAGUUGAAGAAGAAGGAAAAGAGGAUGUUCUUGACGAAGGAGAAAAGUUUGAAAAACUGUGGUAUAACAAGCUCCAACAAGAAGACCCAGAAAGUCUUAAUUAUUACAUGGCCUACAAAAAAGCAGGUAAAGCAAAGAAAGUGACGAACAGAAAGUUUUGA